AUGCAUCCUCCUAGCAUUAUCCGGACGAGACAUAAUCAGCCUAGCAGAGACAGAAAGCAGCAAGACAGCCGCUUUCGUACUACCGAUCCUACGAGCCCUACUGGACAAGCCUCGGCGUUUACACCCGCUUGUCCUCACGCCUACCAGGGAACUCGCGCAGCAGACCGCCAAUGUUGUAAAGGACUUGGGGGCAGUGGUAUCUACUUCGUGCACGCUGUUGAUUGGAGGAUAGAUAUGGUUUCGCUGGCGAUAUCGUUGGCAAGAAAGCCGUAUGUUAUAGUCGCGACGCCAGGGGCGGUUGUUGGAUCAUUUGGAGAAUACGAAGGGGUUUUCGUUGUGGAGAUUGAACGGGCGUCGUUGACGGGUCCGGUGCGGGUUUCGGUUUCUGCAAAGAGUCAAACGUCCGCUACGCUUUUGCAGUAUUAUGCUCUUAUUCCAUUCAUAUGGAAAGAUGUGCAUUUUAUCCAUUUACUGAACGAACAUGCGGGACAGAUGACCAUCAUAUUCACCCGGAUAAUACGAGAGACUCAGCGACUCGCCAUCGUGCUGCGAAAUCUAGGGUUCCCCGCCAUUCCCAUCCACGGCCAACUCUCACUGAGCGCUCGACUAGCGUCUCUAAAUAAGUUCCGUGCCAGGUCUCAGAAUAUACUGACCGCCACGGACGUCGCAGCCUGUGGGCUUGACAUACCAUCGGUGGACCUGGUUGCAAACUACGAUUUACCUGAAGACAGCAAAACGUACAUUCACCGUGUUGGAAGAACGGCGCGUGCUGGUCGAAGUGGGAUUGCAAUCUCGAUUGUUAUCCAGUAUGACACUGAAACAUAUUCAAGGAUCAAGGCAGUCCUAGGGAAAAUGUUGAAAGGAUAUGAAAUCUCCGAAGAAGAAGCCAUGCUCUUCGCUGAGCGUGUCAAUGAAGCUCGGAGAGCGGCUGCAGUACAACUAAGAGAGCAAGGACAACGGGGGCAGUCCUCGAAAGAGGCAAGAGAAGCAGAGACGACAUGGACCAAGAUGAGGGGUAGCCCGUUAACAUGA